CACCCUUUGCAUUACACCUCACCUUACAGCAGAAAUGAGCAGCGCAACAGCCCUCUUCGAGCCCCUGCGCUCGUGGCUCUCGUCCGAGAGCCUGCAGUCGUUCGUCAGCGCCCACCACCACGAGAUUAUUGCUCUGCAGAAGGAUGCUCCCGUGGGCUCUGCUCUGCAGGUUCUGGGCGAGAAGCGCGUGCUGAGCGUGCCCGUGCUGGAUGAGGAGGGCGAGUACCUGGGCGCCUUCAGCGUCGGCGAUGGCAUGCGUGUGCUCAUGCAGGAGCUGGAUGCCCAGCUGGGCAAGUCCUGGUUCGACCGCCUGGGCCAGCUGACCGCCGCCGAGCUGCAGGCGGUGGGCGCCUCCAUGUGCGCCAAGAAGGUCUCCAACGUCACCCACCCCGGUGACCUGUGGCUGAAGGGCGACUCCAAGACCACUGUGCUGACCGUCAUCAAGGAGGGCUUCCAGGUGCUGGAGAGCAAGGGCCACCACCGGAUUUAUGUGGUCGACCCCGCCAAGGCGCACUCCAUCACCGUGUCCGGCUCCACCGUCGUCAUCAACAUCAAGCCCGGCAGCGCCAAGCCCGAGGCCAGCGGCCUGCGCCCCACCGACAUCGUGUCCCAGCUGGACGUCGUGAAGCUGCUGAGCGAGCACAAGGACAAGCUGGAGCUGGUGCAGGACAAGACGCUGGAGGAGCUGGAGAUCUUCACGGGCUCCGUGUUCACCAUCCACGCCUCCGCCCCCGCCCUGGAGGCCUUCCGCUACAUGGCUGUGGACCACAAGUCCUGCCUGGGCAUCGUGGACAACACCGGCAAGCUGAUCGGCAACGUGUCGGUGGGCGACCUGCGCUUCCUGCGCGCGCAGAACUACGGGCUGCUGCUGUCGCCCGUGGCGGAGUUUGUGGCCACCGUGUGGGGCAAGGGCCCCUCGCAGGAGGAGGUGCUGGCGGGCACCCGCGUGCCGGGCGCCGCCGAGGGCCGCUGGGCUGACGUGCUCAAGGAGACCGCCCUCACCACCCUCAAGCCCAGCAGCACCUUCGGCGCGCUGCUUGAGCUGAUGGCCUCGCAGAACCUGCACCGCAUCUACAUCGUGGACGAGGACGGCAAGCCCGUCUCCAUCGUCACCCUCACCGACGUGCUGCGCGAGGUGAUCAAGCCCGAGCCGCCCGUGCACCGCUUCCAGCGCAUGGGCACCAACGACCUGCCGGAGGAGGACGAGGAUGAGGAGGACGACGAUGAUGAGGAUGAUGAGGAGGACGAGGAGGAGGAGAAGGCCGAGGAGGCCAAGUAAGCGGGUGCGGAGGCAGGUUGCUUGACGUGCGUGCUCUGGCGGCAGCGCCGAGGUGGUUGGAGGCCGCUGUGGGGGCUAUGUUUAGCUGCGUGUGUGACAUGCGGUGGUGGGUGGCCGCGGCGUGCUGUGGUUGGGCGUUUGGUGGGUACUGUUGAGGGAAGAGUUGCUCUCCCCCCGUGCGUAUUGAUGUAUGGUGUGGCAUCGAGCGCGUGAGGGGAGCGAGGCGGAUGUAAUCUGAAGUGUGACGGGCGCAGGUGGAUUAAGAACCAAAAAAAUGUUCGCAAUUUGUUUUUGGUGCGUGGCUAAGGUAUUUUUUGCGGGAGGCUGCGAAAGCAUUGGACACUUUGCGGGCGAUUUUCGAGGUGGUUAAUGGGUAAAAGCUUAUUUGCCUUUCCCGAAGGCCGGAAAGGCCAUGUCGACCCAACUGCUGCGGUGCUGCCGUUCAACGUCGGCGCACAGCCGCAGAGAGCAGGUGUUUCUUGCGCGCUCGUAUCCCGAGUAGGCCAUCUAUUCUUUUCAUGGCAGUUGAUGGUGCAUGUGGCAUCGUUGGCAGCUUCGGUUCCGUCGCCACAUGGGCGUCGGAAAGAGGCAAGCAGCUAAGCACACGAAAGAAUAACCAAUAAAGAGCACGAUCAUCAUGUCUGCAACAUGUAAGAAGGCACCAAUGUCGCUGA